GUAUAUCAUAUGCUUAAGGUGUUCCGUCUUCCCCACCGUACUAUAUAAUAAGAAUAUUACAAGCCAACCUAUAGGCCUUACUACAGAAAACUAAUUCUCGUUGGUCUAUUUUAAAAAUGAGCGUUGCAUCCUUGUAUUGUGAUGUGGCAGUUCAAUAAUCCGAUACGCGAUCACCGUUUCCGCAUAUUGGUAAAUGAAAUACGUUAUGCAGUACCAGCAGCUAUAGCUACAUCAGUUUAUAUUCGUAUAUAGUCUGUAAAGUCAAUAAUCUAUACGUUUUUUGGUGUUACUUGUAAAUUUCGUUAAUUAAAGAAUAGGUUAGUAAAAAAUGACCAAACGAACAAAACUUGGUUGUUUUUGCGCUGGUUCUGUAUUUUUCUUUGCGGUUAUGAUUGCACUUUGUGGAUUUCUCGCUUUAAAAGUCAAAGAUUUUCCAGCAAUAGGCACAAGAAAAAGAACAGUUACAGUCGGUAAGAACACGGUUGCUCGGAUCCGGCAGAACAUGACAACAGAACAAAAGUUAAACGCGACUGCUCCUAGAAAGAUAAUUUACGCCGUAACUUGCACGUAUACAAGGCUAACCCAGAAAGCGGAUUUAACUCGGUUGGUACAGACUUUAAUGCACGUGUCCAGUUUGCAUUGGAUUGUAGUGGAAGAUUCAGAUAAGAAAACUCCGUUGGUUAAAAAGCUAUUGGAAAACUCAAGUCUUAAAUACACGCACCUUUAUACUAAGAACACAGCAGCAAUCUUCAAACAUAUACAGACGCUUAAUAUCGCAUUGGCUUGGAUUCGAGCCAACGUAAAGCCAAAUGAAGGAGUGGUGUAUUUUAUGGAUGAUGACAACACAUACGACAUUAAAUUGUUCGAAGAAAUAAGAACAACUAAAGUACUUUCUGUGUGGCCUGUAGGUUUAGUUGGUGGUUUGUUGAUUGAAGGGCCCGUUGAAUGUAAAAACGACAGAGUUUUAACAUGGAGAGUUUCGUGGAGACCGGACCGGACAAUACCGAUUGACAUGGCUGGAUUUGCGAUAAACAUUGCUCUCUUACACCAGCAUCCGGACGGAAAAUUUAUCGAUAACGACGACGGUGAAUCACAAUUUCUAGGCGCCCUUGGUCUUACGCGGGAUAAAGCUGAGGGGAAGGGAAAUGAUUGCACUGAAGUUUACGUAUGGCACACGCAAACUCAAAAGUUCACGCCCACUUUGGAAGAACAAAUUUUAAAACUUGGGCCAAAAUACAACCCCAACAUAGAAGUGUAAAGCGUUAAGAGUUAUUCUUCGGUUAUGAAUGAAAGUAAGUUCUGUAUCAUCGCGUGGUGGACCAACGAACGCUAUGUUUCAUGCACCUUGUUUCAUUUUACGGGUUACAACAGUGUGAUUUAAGUUGAUUGGUUUUGAGAAAUUUUUUACGUUUUAUAUAAAACGUUUUGAAUUUUUUUUGUAACUUCCGAAAAACCUCAUUGUGUGUGUAUAUAUACAUAUAUAUAGUAGGGUGGGGGAAGACGGGACAUCUUUAGAACAUAAUAUCCAAAUAUUCUGAUCGUGUUUUAACAAUCAAUAAUUGUCCAUGGGGGUCGUGAUGAUACGAUUUUAUCAUUCAUUGAAUGUUCUCUGUUUACUACCAAAUAGGACGAGAAAAUAGAAAGAAAAGGUUUCACAUCUCCCCCCACCCUAUACUCUAUGUUGUUAAUCGUAAAUAAUGAUUUAAGUAUAAUCUAAGUUCCUCACAAUAAGUCAUAUUUUAAAGAGAAUUGAUAUUUUAG